GUAUUUAUCGUACCCAACGCACUUCUUGCCUUCCUUCCUCGCACUCUGAGUGUCAGUCAGUUUUCUCUCUUGCCCUUUUGGCUUCUUACAGCUUCCGAUUUUCCCGCAACUCAGGCGCGUCUGUUCCGAUCGCCGGCGUUCCUUCGCCGUAGUCGGUCGGUCGAGCUAUAGAGCCGAGUUAGCUAAGUGAUACAAGAAAGAUCUGCAGAAGAUGAGUUCAAGAAAGGGUGGUGGAAAGCCUUCCAAUGCUGGUGUUAAUGCAAAAAUGUCACUCAAGGGCAAAAAUGUAUCAGGUGGGUCUAGACCCACAGUUGAUCAGUUGAGUCAGGGUAUGGUAGAUGCUAGCCUGAAUUCUGCAGAAGAUGGUGAGUGGGAGGUUUAUGCAAGGAAGUCCAAGAAUAGAGCUGGAAGCGGUGCUGCAAAAACUUGGGCUCAGAACCCUAAUGCCAAAGGAUGGGGGCAUACUGAUGUCAUUCAGAAGCUAGGCAUGCAUCAUAACGGUGCUUCUGUGAAGACGCCUGGCAAUAGUGGGCCUUGGCCUACACAAACUGCUGACUUUAAAAGACUGUCUGAUAAUGGGGGUCCAAAGCUCCAACCAUUUAAUAGAGGGUUGGAUAGUAUCCAUGCAGCUCCACCGGCUGUCAUUCCUCCACCCCUGGUAGGUGGAUGGAAUUGGUCUUCCAGAGCCGGUGCUAGUCAGCCAAAAGGGGCAGAAGGCAUGAGCAAAGAUGAUGUUAGCAGGGAAGAUGAUAUUGAGGUUGGCAGCGAUAAUGAUGACUCAGAAGCUCUUGAUGAAUCUGAUGACGAUUUCUUCAGUGAUGAAUUUGAUUCUGACACAAGUCAGAAGAGCCAUGAGACACAAAAGAACAACAGGUGGUUUAAAGGAUUCUUUGAAAUCUUGGAUAAACUGAGUAUUGAUGAGAUCAAUGAACCAGGAAGGCAGUGGCACUGUCCAUCAUGCCAAGGGGGUCCUGGUGCCAUUGACUGGUAUCGAGGCCUGCAGCCCUUAAUUGCACAUGCUAAUACCAGAGGAGCUAAAAGGGUGAAGCUCCACCGGGAGUUUGCAAAACUUUUGAAUGAGGAGCUUUACAGGAGGGGAACUUCAGUCAAUUCAGCUGGUGAAGCAUUUGGUAAAUGGAGAGGCCUAAAUGAUACUACACUCAAAGAUCGUGAAAUUGUUUGGCCUCCAAUGGUUAUUGUCAUGAACACAAAACUUGAACAGGAUGACAAUGACAAGUGGCUUGGCAUGGGAAAUCAGGAGCUUCUCGAAUACUUUAGCUCGUAUGCUGCUGUGAAAGCUCGACACUCUUAUGGUCCACAGGGGCACCGAGGGAUGAGUGUGUUGAUUUUUGAAGCAUCGGCGAUGGGUUAUUUAGAAGCUGAGCGUCUGCAUAAGCAUUUUGAAGAGCAAGGAACAGAUAGGGAUGCUUGGGAUCGUCGCCGGGUCCCAUUCUAUCCAGGUGGGAAACGCCAACUUUAUGGUUACAUGGCACUGAAGGAAGACAUGGACAGCUUCAACCAGCAUUCCCAUGGCAAAACAAAGCUAAAAUUUGACAUGAGGUCCUACCUGGAAAUGGUUGUCAGUCAGAUGAAACAAAUGAGCGAGGAUAAUCAGCAGCUCAUCAUGUUCAAAGACAAGGUUGUCAAAGAACAAAGGCGUUCUAAAGCUCUGGAAGAGUCAUUUGGUAUAGUGACUGAGAAGCUUCGCAAAACCAUUGAAGAAAACCGCAUUGUUAGACAGAGAACCAAGAUGCAACAUGAGCAGAACAAGGAAGAGAUGGAUUUCCAAGAGGAAUUUUUUAAGGAACAAAUCAAAGUCAUUCACGAUGCAAGGGAUGCAAAGGAAGAUGAAUUUGAGAAGCUGCAGCAGCUGGAGCGAGAGAAGGUGAAGCAGGCAACUGUGAAUCCUACCAUGGAGGAUCAAAGACGCAAGUCUGAGGAAGUUGCCAAUUUCAUCCAGCUUCAGGAUAAGGAGAUGGAAGAAUUUGUGGCGGAGCGGGAUAAGCUCGUAAGAAUUCAUGAAGAGAAGGUCGUCGCAAUGAAGCGGAGACACCUAGAGGAGGAGCUUAAUGUGGAGAAGGAGUUGGAUGCUGAGCUGACCCAGCUUAUGGAGAAGUAUGCCCCGCAGCACUAGGGAGGGGGAGAGAGAGAGAGAGAGAGAGAGAGAGAGAGAGAAGAGUACUAAUACUUUAGCAACAAUGGAGGCAGUCCAACAGUCCCGAACUUCACUUGCUGAAAGUUGUGGAGGGGAUUCCCUGUGACCAUUUAAGCUUGUUAUUGAUUAGUACUUGGUGCUUUUAUGUUAUGUGCGCUAUUGAAAGGUGAUUUUAGGGUUGGCUAUGCCCUUUUGACAUUUGCAUGGGGCUAAGGCCAGACACCACCCCAACCUCAGUUUCGUGAUUUGGAACCAAUGCGUGGAAACCACUUUUGCCCUUGGCUGGGAGUGUUUGGUAUUAGGUGGUGGUCUAAUAUUUUCACAAAAUUGAACUAAUUGAACAACCAUUCAUUCAUUUUAUGUUUGGAGCAGUUUUGGUUUUGGAGUUGUAUUUGAUUUGGAUAAAAUAUAAUAUAAAUUUAUAUUAAAAUUUGUUUAAAUUUAAA